GACUCUGAAUACAAACAGAACCCGCAGAUCAAAACCCAUAAUAUCCAAGGCAAGGAACCGCAGAGCGAAAAGCUUUCGGCUGGAAAAGCCUUCAGCUGGAAAAGCGCUCAGCGGCGUGACUCCUGCCAAUCGCUAUCGGAGAAAACAGGCGCUAGCAGCCGCUGGGUGCCGUUCCCCGCUCCCAGCGCUGCUCCGCCGCCCGGAGAGCAGCAGCGGGGCGGCAAGGGCGGGCAGACGAGAACGGAUGAGCUCAGGCGCCAUUCAGACUCUGCCCCUCACCGGAUUUACCAGCCGGGCACCCGCCCCGGAGCCUCCCGGAGCCCGCCCGGGCGCUGCCGAGGGCUCCGCCCGCCCCGCGGCCGCUUCCGGGCCCGGCGCUCGGCCGGGCAUGGGGGAGCGCGGCGCGGCCCUGCGGGGGGACACGGCCCGGCGGGAGGACACGGCCCGGCGGGAGGACACGGCCCGGCGGGGGGACACGGCCCGGCGGGAGGACACGGCCCGGCGGGGGGACACGGCCCGGCGGGAGGACACGGCCCGGCGGGAGGACACGGCCCGGCGGGGGGACACGGCCCGGCGGCUGGAGCGCUUCGAGGCGCUGCGAGGCGCGGCCGCCCGGCCCGGCGAGCUGUGGGACGCGGUGGUGCUGACGGCGGCGGACGCGGCGCAGGCGGGCGCGUUCCGGGAGCAGCUGGCGGAGAAGCUGCGGCGGGAGCAGCUGCCCAGCGCCGUCCGGUACCUGGUGUGCGCCGACCCGCCGGGACCCAGGAUCGGAAAUGGUGGAUCAACUCUUCAUGCUCUUCAGUGCUUGGAAGAGCAGUAUGGUGAUCAGUGGACUUCCUUCACUGUGCUGCUAAUCCAUUCUGGUGGUUACAGCCAGCGUUUGCCAAAUGCAAGUGCCCUGGGUAAGAUCUUCACAGCCCUGCCGUUGGGUGAUCCCGUGUACCAGAUGCUGGAGCUGAAACUGGCCAUGUACAUCGACUUCCCCCGUCACAUGAAGCCAGGAGUCCUCAUCACGUGUUCGGAUGACAUAGAGCUGUACAGCACUGGGGUCACAGAAACCAUCACCUUUGAUAAACCUGGAUUUACUGCCUUGGCUCACCCCUCCGAUUUGGCAGUCGGGACCACGCACGGCGUAUUUGUGCUAGAUCCGUCCAGUUUUUCGGGAAAGGGAGGACUGGAAUAUGGAUCAUGCUAUCGUUUUCUGCACAAGCCUGACCUGGAGACCAUGCAGCAGAGUGGUGCAGUGUGUGUGAGGGGGGAUCGCCCUCAGCUCAGCUCCCUGGGGAGCCGCGGGGACUCAGCCGUGGCCUCGGAGUGUGUGUACACGGACAGCGUAUUCUACAUUGACCACAGCACUGCCCAGCAGCUGCUGCAGUUCUACAAGCAGAUGGGCACUCUUUGCUGUGAAAUAGAUGCAUACGGUGACUUUCUCCAGGCCCUGGGGCCUGGAGCCACUCCAGAGUACACCAAAAACACGAGCAAUGUCUCCAAGGAGGACUCGGGGUUGGUGGCAGUGCGGCAGCAGCUGUACUCCCUCCUGCAAGGCACCGCCCUAAAUGUCAUAGUCCUCAACAACUCCCAGUUCUACCACAUCGGGACCACUCAGGAGUAUUUGUUUCAUUUUACUGCUGAGAGCAAACUGAGAUUUGAGCUGGACUUGCAGCCUGUAGCUUUUAGCAUCUUCCCUGACACAGCCAAGGCCUUGGAUCACUUGAGUGUCAUCCAGAGCGUCCUUGAGCCCGGGUGUGUGGUAGGGCCUGGCUCUGUCAUCGAGUACUCCAGAAUUGGGCCUGAAGUCUCGGUAGGGAAAGGCAGCAUUGUCAGUGGGUCCUACAUAAAUUUCACUGCAGACAUACCCUCAGACUGCUUGCUGAGUUCAGUAAGUGUGAAAAUUACUGAUCGAGUGGAGUACGUCACCAUGGUUUUCGGGGUAGGCGAUGACUUGAAAAAGAGCGUGAAAUUGCUGUCAGAUAUACACUCCCUCCAGUUUUUUGGAGCCAACUUACCAGAAUGCCUUGACCUCUGGAACUUAGAGGCUUCAGACCAGCUCUUCUCCAGUGAGGACACACGUCUGGGGCUGUGGACUGCAAGGAUUUUCCCUGUUUGUUCUACUCUGAGUGAAUCAGUUAGGAUGUCACUGAACAUGCUGAAUUCUGUGCAGCACAAGUCAGCUUUCAAACUGAGUGGCUUUCAGCUCUUGUCUGUUGAAGAAAUGCUCACCUACAAAGAUGUGGAAGACAUGCUGAAGUUUAGGAAGCAAAUUUAUGACGAAAUCUGCCUACAAAGACAAAAAGAGAAGUCUGAUUAUAGAAUGAGCAGUACUUGAAUAAACCUGUUUUCAUUUGUGGACAAUUAAUUACUUCCCAGCUCGUAAGAAUCCUAAGGGGAAAAUACACAGAUCUCUUCUCUGAUCUUAUUGAAGUAGAAAUGAAGAAAUUGAAUAACAUUAAUAAAGCAGCAAAUGCAGAUAAAGUGAUCCUUUGAUUAAAGUAGGGAAAUAUUUCAGAUCUAAAAACACUAUUUGGCAACUUUUUGUGGGUUGCACGUUACGUCUUGUAGUUUUUGUCAGAAUAUGACACAGAAAAAUUGUCUGUUUGGCUGAAAUGGCUUUAAAAGCUUUUAAAGGGUAGAAUAUUAGCUCCAUCAAUGUAGAAUAUAACAACUUAUGUUUCUCUCUUUUUAUGCUGCUAUUUUGCAAUACAGUUUCAAACAGUAGUUAGGUAGAGGUAAAAUGAUCAAAAUUAUUAAAAGUGCUUUUAAUUCAAGACAUCUUAUCUUGGGCAUUAAUAAAUUUUCUUCUUUUGUUUUGUAA